UAUGUCAAUUGUCAUAGCCAGUGGUUUGAAUACUUUAGUUUAGGCAACAAUUUUAUAUUUAUUUUUUCAAAAAUUGUGAAAAAAGUGAAAGGGUCUUAAGACUUUCUGAUUAAGUUUAUUCAGGUUGAUCUUUUUUGUCUGGUUGAUCUGAUUAAUAUUUGUUAGUACUUUACAUAUUAGUAGAUUUAAAAAAGGUGUCAGGUCAGCUUUAAAAUGCGUUGGAUAUAGGGUAAAGCUUUUUUUUUUUUUUUACUAUAUUGUAGAGGUACUUAUAGUUUGUGCUUCUUUUAAUGAUUCCUAAGUUCAUGUGUACAGUAGAUAUAAACUAUAAGUAACUUUUGUAUCUCCAAAGAGAAGAUUAUCACAUUGGAGAAAUGCAGAAUGGGCCCUUUUAAUGUCCAGUGCUUACCACUGCAGAUUAUUAUACAAAAGCAGCAGUUUUCUGAAGUAGAUGUAUCACACAAGAUUUGGGUGUAUCUCUUAACUGACCAAUGGGGGUGGACAAGUGUCCAUUUCUGCUGACCCUUCCUCUAUAAAACCCAAGUCAACAGAGACACAUCACAAACCUCUCAGAUCUUAACCUGUAGCUCACUGAACCUAUACACAACAAGACGAUGUUCUCUGACGCUGAGAAGGCUGCAAUUGUGUCCAUCUUGGACAAAGCCUCCGGAAAUGUCAGCGCUCUCGGUGCUGAAACUUUGGAACGAAUGUUCCUGGGCUUCCCCCAGACCAAGACUUACUUCAACCACUUUGACCUGAGCCAUGGAUCUACUGAUGUUCAGACUCAUGGUGGCAAGGUCUUGGGUGCUCUUGUACAGGCUGCCAAACAUCUGGACAACUUGGAGGAAUCCCUGUCCAAGCUGAGUGACCUGCAUGCCUACAACCUGAGAGUGGACCCCGGAAACUUCCAUAUGUUGUCUCACUCCAUGCUGGUCGUCCUGGCAGCUCACUUCCCGGCUGACUUUGAUGCUGCCACCCAUGCCGCUUUUGACAAGUUCCUUGCAGCAGUGUCUCAUAUCCUCACCUCCAAAUACAGAUAAAUGGAUGAAUUUAUGAUUUUCAUCUAAAUAAAAUAUUUGA